AUGGCCGACGCUACCAGCUCCGACCCCGUCCCGCACGACGACGCUCCUGCUGCGCCGUCUGCGGAUGUGCCCGCACCGACCUCCGCCGAGGCUGCUCCUGACGCGGCCGGAGGGGCAUCCGAUGCGACCGCCUCGAGCCCCAAGAGCACGAAGACGACACCAAAGGUUGCUACGCGCGUCUCCGCUCCCAAGGCUGCUGCUGGAAAACCUGCUGCCGGCACCGCGACCACUGCUGCGAAGCGGACAUCCACUGUCGGCACCACGCCUGCCGCGACUGCGCGUCGCACUGGCCUGACCAAGCCCCCUCUGCGCCCGGCUGCCGGCGCCACGUCCACCCUGGCCAAGCGCCCGACAACCUCCUCGUCCACCGCCACGCAUCGUUCGAACCCUUCCGCGUCUGAGGACGAGAAGAAGCGUACCGCUACCACCAGCACAGCCGCUCGUCGCACCUCGACCGCGCCCUCCUCCACGACGCCCGCGACGAAGUCCUCGGUGCGGUCCUCGACCUCCUCCACCCCGGCUGUCGGCACGGCGGCCGCCGCACGGAAGCCGACCGCCGCGUCUUCGACCUCUUCUCCCGCUGCUGCGCAUAAACCGACAGCUAGCACAUCGUCUACGAGCACCACCGCCACACGCUCCACCACCGCGCCGAGACCGUCUGCAACUGGCCUGGUCGCUGAGGCCAAGAAGCGCCUCUCCACUGUCGGCAGCUCUGCCGCGCCGUCCACCACUGCCCGCCAUGCUUCCCGCCCGUCUCUCUCGUCUUCGACCGCCGGCGCUUCGGCUGCCGCAGCAGCUGAGGCUGCCAAGGUCACAGAGGAGCUCAAGGAGAAACUCGCGACAAGCGAGAAGGAGGUUGCCGAUCUCAAGGAGCAGAUCGAGUCGUCCAAGGAAAAGAUUGACGCGCUCAACGACCAGCUGAAGAAGGAUGACGACGGCGAGCAGCUGCACAGUGAUCGUCUGGUGGAGCUCACGACCAAGCACGAAGAGACGGUCGCUGCACUCAACGCCCAGAUUGAGGAGGUCCAGCAGAAGCUGCAGACGGCGGAGGCCAGCCUCGAGAAGCACCAGUCGGACCUCGCCGAUGCCGCCGCGUCCAAGGGCACCUCGGAUGACGAGGUCGCCUCGCUCAAGGCCUCUCUGGACGCCCUGCAAGCGGAGCACGCCGCCCAGCUUGAGGAGAAGGAGGCUGGCCUGCGCAAGGCCACGGCUGACCAUGCCUCUGCACUAGAGGCACUGAAGCAGAGCCUUGGACAGGACCACGAGGCGGCCAUCGCCACCCUCGAGGCCAAGCACGCCGAGCGGCUCAAGGACGGCGAAGCCGCUACGUCGGCAUCCCACGAGAAGGCCAUUGCCGAUCUGAAGACCACCCACGAGAGCGCAGUCGCCGAACUGCAGGCCAAGAUCGACAGCCUGACGGCCACCGAGGCUGAGCUGGAGUCGGCCAACAAAGAGAAGGCCGCCGCCCUCGAAGCGGAGGUUGCUGACCUCCAAGCUAAGCUCGCGGCGGCCGAGAAGGCCGCGGAGGAUGCCAAGGCCGAUACCUCUGCCGUCUCGGCGGUCGAGGCCCAGCUGCAGGCCGCCCAGGCCGAACUCGAGGCCAAGGAUGCCAAACUUGCUUCUCUCGAGGCGGCUGUUGCCAAGCUGCAGGAGGAGCUCACCGCAUCCCAGGCGGCAGUCGCUGCGGCCGAAGAGCAGCACGCGGCACUCCAGAAGUCCGUAGAUACCGCUCUCGAGGACAGCUCCAGCAAGGACGCCAACAUCGCGAAGCUGACCAGCGAGCACGAGGCCGCCCUCGAGAAGCACCGCAAGGAGCUCGAGCAGAUUUCCAAGGACUACGAGACGGAAAUUGAGAGCCUGCGCGGUGACGCCUUCUUCAAGCGCAAGUUCCAGGAUCUGGAGGUGAAGCACACCGAACUCACCGAGGCGCACACGGCUGCCAAGGCAAGCCACGAGAAGGCUCUGGCGGACGCCAACGCCGCGCACGCCGCCGCCCUGGAGGAGAAGACGGCCGCUCACCAGAAGGACCUGGACGCCCUCCGCGCUAGUCACGGCGAGGAGCUCGAGAGCGCCAAGCUGAGCACGAGCAGCUCCGAGAAGGAGGUGCACCUGGCCGAGCUCGAGAAGCUCAAGGCGAGCCACGCCGAGCAGAUCGACGUCCUCAAGGCCGACGCCUCGUCGUCUCUGGAGAAGGAACUCGAGGACCUGCGCACCUCCCACUCCGCGGCACUGGCUGCUCUGGCGAAGGAGCAUGCUUCUGAGAAGGAGUCGCUGCAGGCCAGCUACGCCGAGGCGAUUGCUGCUGCCCAGUCGGCCAACUCUGAUGCGUCGGCCUCCAAGAUUGAGGAGCUCAAGGCCCAGCUGGCGAGCCAGCAUGCGGCCGAGCUCGAGAAAGUGCAGGCCGACCUGGCCGCGCGCCACGCGGACGAGCUGCAGAAGACGAUUGACGCACACACGACUGCCCUCGAGGAGGCCAAGGCACAGUCGGGCGCGGGCCAGGCUGCGGCCAUUGAAGCGCUCAAGGCCGAACUCGAGACCAAGCACAGUGCUGAGAUUGAGAAGCUGAUCGCGCUGCACUCGGAAGCCCUGGAAGGGGCGAAGAAGGACGGCGCUUCGGAGUCGUCCGCCCUCAAGGAGGCGCACGCCAAGGAAAUUGGCGAGAUCAACACUCAGGUCGCGUCUGCAUCCGAGCGCACGGUGGCGCUCGAGACGCAGCUGGCCGCCGUGCAAGCCACCCUGGCCGAGACCCGCACCGAGCUGGCCAAGGCCAACGAGGAGACGGACGCCAUCAGCGGCCAGCUGGCGCAGGCCAAGAUGGAGAAGUUUGAGGCCGAGGCGGCGCUCGACGCGACCAAGAACCAGAAGCCCGACACGACGGAGCUCGACAGCCUGCGGGCCGAGCUCAAAGCGCUCAAGACGACGCAUGAGAACGACCUGUACGCGGCCAAGACCAAGACGGCCGACGCGACCGACCGGCUGCGGUCGGUGCAGGAAGACCACGAGAUGCUGCAAAAGGAGUUUGAGGCGCACCGGCUGGCGGCCGACGCCAAGCAGAAGUCGUCCGAGGUCGACUACUCGGACCUCAACGACUCGAUGACGCAGCUGGUCGAGGAGGCGCAGCAGAAGACGGCGGAGGCCGAGCGCAAGGCGAAGGAAGCCGAGCGCAAGGUCGAGGAGCUGCUGGCGCAGCUCAACGUCAAGGAGGCCGAGCUGAAGGAGGCAAAUGCCAAGGCACAAGCACCAAAGGGCCUGGCGGCCAGCCGGUUUGCCCAAACCGACAACGACGAUUCCUCGGAUGCGGAGAACAAGGACCCUGCCGCGGCGGAAGGUGAGUCCGGCGAACCGGACCAUUCAUCGGCAGCCCUCGCUUCGAUCGCUAAAGCGCGGGUGACGGCGCGCGGGCUCGAGGAGCUCGACAACGAGCUGCGCGACCGCAAUGCUCACCUGCUGCGGACGAUUGCCGACAACAAGGUGCCUUCUCAGUCAUAG